AUGCCCGCGGCGACCGUCAUCUACAAGAAGAACUUGGAGGACGAGCGGCGGCGCCAGUCGGCGGCCGUCGCCCAGCGCGCGUCGCGGCGCGCCUCCGAGAGCCUCGACAUGGACGCAACGGACCCCGAGACGAUCCGCCGCGACUGCUGCGCGGUCGUGAGCGCGCACGAGAAGCUCGUCUUCGCCGUCGACGACGUCGACCCGCGGUCGCUGGCGGACUACUUCUGGUACGACGAGGAGACGGACCGAUUUUAUACUUGCGCGUACCGCGACGGGCUCAUUAACGUGCCGCUCUGCGGCUGCCACCGCGGCGUGUGUAUGGCGUUCGUCGCCAUGGUGCGGAGCCCCUUCUUCGACCUGUUGAUCAACGCGACCAUCUGCCUCGUCGCAGUCUCCUUCACGCUCCACCUCAUCGCGCGGCCCGACAUGGGCCGGCCCAGCGACGACGCGCUCGCGUUCUUCGUCGUCUUCGUCAAGUACUGCUCCAUGGCCGUCUUCGCGGGCGAGAUGGUCGCGAAGAUCGUCGCCGAGGGGUCGCGGCCCCUGCGCUACCUCACGGGGCCCGAGGCGGGCAUCAACACCUUCGACGGCACCAUCGUGAUCCUGUCCUUCGCGUUGAUGGGCGGCGGCGGCGGCGCGGUCGUGCUGCCCGUGCUGCGGCUCGCGCGCCUCGUCAAGCUGCUGAACCGCACGCCGGAGACGCGGCGCGUGCUCUACGGCAUCAUCGCGGGCUGCCGGGCCAUGGUGUCCAUCAUCGUGCUGCUGAACAUGAUCUUCUUCCUCUACGCGAUCAUCGGCGUCAAGUCCUUCGGCGAGAACGACCCCGUGCACUUCGGGACCGUGCCCAUCGCCAUGCUCACGCUCUUCGUGACGUCGACGUGCAGCGACUGGAGCUCGCGCUACAUGAUCAACUACAAGGGCUGCGACCGGGGCGGCGAGGACUGGGGCUACGAGGCCGCGGACCGGCUCACGAUGUUCGACACGAUGAUGGGCCGCUUCUACAACUACGAGUGCACGGACCCGACGCCGCGCAAGUUCGACGCCAUCGUCUACUUCUACAGCUUCACCAUGCUCACGGCCUUCGUCGUGCUGAACCUCUUCAUCUCCGCGAUCGACAUGGCCAUGUUCGACAUCCUCUACGCGGACAAGGAGGAGGAGCUGGAGCACAACGCGGCCCAGGACCCGGACGCCGCCGUCGCCGCCGCGUCGACGGUCAACGCCGUCGCCCACCACCGCAUGUCCAUCGUCGACCCGAGCCGCCUCCACGAGCUGUCGCACGACGCGGACGACGCGGACCGCGCGGCGCGGAAGAAGGUCCAGCGCCAGUCGAUCCUGGCGGACGCGGGCUUGGGGUUCGUGCGCGAGCGCAACUCCAUCUGGCAGCAGACCCACGAGACGCUGGCCCACGCGCUCCACAUCGACGGCCUCACGUCGCGGUUUUCCGACGCGAAGACGUCCGAGGAGCUCUGCGACCACAUGCUCCGGGGGCCCGAGAAAGAGAUCUUCGAGUCCCUCUUCGACGCCUUCAUGGAGCACAAGCACAAGGAGGGCGAGGAGGAGGAGGAGGUGGUCGAGCACCGCGUCGUUUUGACCGCGCGGCUCAUCCUCGGCGGCCACGCGUUCCCGGGCCUCGUCGUCAUCUGCAUCUUCUGCGCGGGCAUCAUCGAGGCGUUGGCGUUGACGCCGUCGGAGCCCGUGAGCCAGGAGAACUUGAUCUUGAUCGACACGGCCGUGCUCGGCGUCUUCGUCGUCGAGUGCGUCUUGAAGAUCGUCGCGUGCGGCCGCGCGCCCUACCGCUACUUCGCCGACUCCUGGAACGUCUUCGACUUUGUGAUCGUCCUCGUGUCCGUGCUGGGCCUCGUGCCCGCGGCGAGCGACAAGCUCCCGGGCGUCGCGAUGAUGCGGCUGCUACGGCUGCUCAAGCUCGUCAACUUCUACCCGGCGCUCCACGUCGCCGUGGGCUCGCUGAUCAAGGCGUCGUCGAACGUCUUCUACGCGACGGUGGUGCUCGUGCUCGUCGUCUACGUCUUCGCCGUCAUCGGCAUGCUCCUCUUCCGCGUGAACGACCCGGGCCACUUCGGGAACCUCGCGCAGGCCGUCGCCGCGGUCUGGGCCGUGUGCACCAUCGACGGCUGGGACGCCAUCAUGUACACGAACAUGUACGGCUGCGACCGCUACGGCUACCCCUUCAACGACGUCGAGUGCGCGAACCCGCGCGCGUUCGGCUGGGUCGCGGCGUUCUACUUUGUGGGGCUCAUCCUCUUCGGCGCGUGGAUGCUGCCGACGGUGAUCAUCGGCAUCACGACCAUCGCCUUCGCCGAGUCGACGGAGGAGAUCAAGGAGGAGUACGCCCAGAUGAAGCUCGGCGUCGAGUCCGCGCGCAAGGCCGCGGACUUGUUCGGGACGUCGAUCCCGCCGGAGCUCAUCCCCCAGUUCCACGACUUGUACAAGCGCCUCGCGGAGUGCCAGGCCAAGGGCAAGAAGCUCGAGUUCAAGAUCGACUCGUCGACGCAGGCCGAGGCCAACGCGGGGCUCCGGGAUUUGACGCUGCGGCCGUUCCUGAAGUUCGCGUGCGAGUUCUACGUCAACGGCAUGUGCCCGCCGAACCGGAACCUGACGGACGACAAGGCCAACGCCAUCAUCGCCGCGGCCUGCGACGAGGACUACCGCCACGCGCUCUGCACCUGGCCCUGCUUCAUCUUUCUGCUGAACUUCAUCAAGUGCUCCGCGGACUACCAACCGGACGACGAGCCGGACCCGGAGCCCGAGCCCGAGCCCGAGCCCGAGCCCGAGCCCGAGGCCAAGAAGAAGAAGAAGAAGAAGAAAAAGAAGAGCAAGCGCGGGACGAAGGAGGUGGAGAUGACGGCGCCGGAGCGGUCCUGGGCGGGCAAGCUCAAGGACAAGUAUUUCGGGAAGCUGGACCCGAAGACGCACGACGCGGGCGACGAGCUCAUGGACCUGCCCGCGGAGAACACCGUGCGCAUCAUCGACGGCGUCGCGGCCCUCGCGGCCCGCGCCGUGCCCGUCGGCGACCCCCAGGUCGACUGCUCGACGGCGUCGCCCAAGGCCGCCGACGACGCGCCCGCGGACCCGGGCAUGUACUUCUGCUCGACGAGCCACGACCCGCCGAAGAAGGCCAAGGGCGAGAAACCGCCCCCGAAGGGCGGCGGCCUCUUCUUCUGCUCGACGCAGGACCCGGACGACGCCCAGGCCGCGGAGCCGAUCCUCGACAUGGUCGUCGACCGCGAUGCCCAGCCCUUCUUCAUGGGCGGCGGCAUGGCCGACUACGAGAAGCACUAA